AUGGAAAAAGGACAGGUGAAUUACGAACAUAUCGACACGAUUGGAGUCGAGACGCAGCAAGAGGACCGAGAGGUUACAAAAUGGGAGGCAGUGGACAAUCGCAAGGCUAUUGCUUGGACGGCCUGGGCCAUCUUUGUUCUGUGUCUCCAGGGGUUUGAUAACCAAGCUGGAGGUAUUGUCGUUGGUGUGAGGGAAUUCCGAAAAGAUUUUGGAUACGAAUUUGGCGGCGACUACGUCUUACCUGCAAAAUGGCAAUCUGCUUUUAGUGGCGGUCCAAAUGCCAGCGCUGUGUUUGGCGCUCUAUUCGCAGGCUGGCUCGGUGACCUCAUCGGUCGGAAAUGGGCUAUCUUCCUAUUCCUCUGCAACUCCUUCAUAGGCGUUGCGCUUGAAUAUAUUUCAACUACGAAUGCGGUUUUCUUCGCCGGUAAAAUGCUUAACGGCCUCUCUCUUGGUGCAUUCAACUGCCUCUGCGUUGCCUACGUCUCCGAAAUCGCCCCUCAUGUGCUCCGUGGAACUACGACCGCAAUGUGCAAUCUUUCUCUGUCUAUUGGCCCCCUCAUUUGCGUCAUCCUCGGCGACGCUUACGGAGAUCUACCAAAUCGGUGGGCAUAUGUUAAGUCUCGAGAUCGUGGGAUAUUCGUAGCUCAAUGGGGAUUCGCUGCUAUUGCCAUCAUUUUCUGCCCAUUCAUUCCUGAGUCACCCUGGUGGCUCAUUUCAACCGGGAAAAUCGAAAAAGCAACAAAGUCUCUAGGUCGACUAGGAAUGAACACUAUCAGAGCCGAAAAGCAGGUCGCAUACAUCCAAUACACCCAAAUGAAAGCUAAGGAGGUUACUUCCGGGGUUUCUUUCCUCGAGUGCUUCCGGGGAACAAAUCGUCGACGCACGUUUCUUACAAUCGCACCCUUGACUAUCCAAGCCUUAUCUGGUGUCUCAUUCAUCUCUUUUUACGGCACUUAUUACUUCCAACUCGCUGGAAAUAGUGUCCACAGAUCAUUUCAGCUCUCGUGCGGCGCACAAGCUCUGUCGAUUUCUGGUAAUAUCACCUCCUGGUUUCUUAUCGACCGGAUUGGCCGCCGACCCCUCAUUUUCUGGGGCAUGUGCAGUCUUACAGUUCUUCUACUCGUCACUGGUGGCCUUGCAACUAAUGGAAGUCCCGGUGCUUUGACUGGAACGGUUGCCCUAAUCUUGUUCUAUAAUUUUGUUUUCAACCUUGUCAUUGGUGCUGUUGCUUACACCCUCAUUGCCGAGAUUCCGACAACGAAUCUUCGAGGAAAAUCGAUUGCAAUCUCACUUACUAUUCAGCAAACUCUAUACACAGUCCAGCUGUUUGUUCUGCCUUACAUCUUUAACCCCGAUCAGGCCAAUCUUGGAGCCAAAACCAGUUUCAUCUUUGGAGGACUUGCAGUCAUCUGCUGCGCCUAUUUGUGGUUCUGCUACCCAGAGACUGCUAAUAGAUCUUUCCAGGAGAUUGAGGAGAUGUUUUUCAAUAAAGUCUCAGCACGAAAGUUCAAGACUUAUGUGACCACCUCGCAAACAGAGCAGGCAGUCAAAGGUGUGGAUGCGAUUUAG